UGGACAAUGAACACACACACACACACACACUCACAGGAUGGCCGCCGUCUCGCCUCGCUGCCGUCGAACGCCUCAGAUCUUCAUCGUUGUCCUCUUCGUACUGUCAGGUGGACACUUUUCGUCUGUUUCCUCCUUUAAAGUGACGGAGGGGGGCGUGGCCUCUCUGUCCUGUCAGUACUCUGUGAAGCGGUUCGGUCUGAGUCGGGUCUGCUGGGGCCGCGGCUGUGGGACCUUCUGGUGCAACAACAUCCUGGUGCAGACGGACGAGAACGGCGUCGUCUCCAAGGUGGCGGACCGGUACCAGCUGACGGGGGACGUCCUGGACGGACAGAUGGACCUGGACAUCCUGAACGUGAGGCGGACGGACAGCGGGCCGUACUGCUGCAGGGUGGACAUCGACGGGCUCUUCAACGACAAGAAGGUGAUCAUGAACCUGAGAGUGGUCAAAGCUCCGGUCACCAGCUCUCCUCCUCCAACGACAACCACGGCAGCGACGACCAAUCGAGUCACGGAGCCGUCGACCUCCACAGCAAACUGGAAAACCCUGCUGUCGUCUCAGCUGGACCUUCUGAGGAGGAACUCCACCCUGCUGCGCUCCGACACCGUCACUGUGGAGGACUCUCUCCCCUCUCUCUCCCUUCAGAUCAACGUUCCCGUCCUCUCUCUCUCCCUCAGCGUGUUGUUGAUCUUGGCGGCAGUUUUUCUCUUUCUGGCCUUCAAACGUGGAAUACACAGAAGAGCCUUAAAGACCGGCUGUUUCUCCUCUGAAGAACCUCCUCACAUCAUCUACGAGAUCCGGAUGAGAAGACCAGUCCAGGAGAACAUCUACACUCUGGACUAGAGAGCCUCGUUCACACCUGGACCACAAAUAAACAGUUUUUCUACAAAACACAGAAAGAAUGCACAUUAAACUUUACACACAAACUCUUAUCCAUAAAGCUACAUGAGCUGAGCCUGCGCUGGUUUACAGCGUAUUUCAUUCAGUGUGCAAAAUACUCAACAAUAGGGGCAAGUUUUCAUCUUAAAUGCUGUUCUACGUGCAGCGGGGAAACAGAAAGGUUAUUAAACAAAUUACUAAAUAAAAAAUAAACUGAAAUCUUCAACACGACACAGAGAUCGAACUGUUAACUGACUGCAUGCUUUCCUUCUUCUGAAAGAUUCCCGGUUUACUGAGAUCGUCUGUAACAGCAGCAGACCUGUUUUAUUACGCUGUUUACAGAUUUAAGAACUUUUUUCUGUUGGUUUGCAGAAUCACACCCGCAGCUGCUGCAGAGAAAUACAUUUUACAAUAUCGAAAAUACAAUGGUGUGAAAAAG